UCUAGAGUUGAUCUCAAGUAGGCUAUUUUACGACCAUUCAGUACUUUCAAUAUCAUAAAUGUCAUGUACUAAAUUAAUAUCGAAGUAACGUGGGCCGUUUAUUGAUUAAAACUGUACAACAAUUCUCAAUUAUUCCGGUAGUGAGAUACAAGUUCACAGGAUAUAACAAUAUAUAAUAAUGGCGGGUGUUGUCGGGUCUCUGUCCACAGCCAGCAACGACUUUGGGUUAAAUCUGUACAAGUCGGUGGUUACGUCUCCAAAAAGUCCUCAAAAUGUGUUUAUAUCACCAUUCUGUCUUCAUAGUAUACUCUCAAUGACCUAUGUAGGAGCUGCAGGCAAUACCAAACAACAAUUCGAGUCUGCCUUAAAAUUGGAUGGUUUGAAAGAAGGCACCCAAGAAGCUUACCAACAGUUUAUCAACAAAGUUCCUUUAAAAUAUUUUAAUAUUGCCAACCGGCUUUAUCUACAAUCCAAGGGAACCGUUUUAGAGGACUUCAAGCAGAGCUGUAAAACUAACUUCAACGCCGAAGCCGUAACUUUGAGAUUUGAAGACGAUGCCGAGGCCGGGCGAACAACAAUUAAUCAAUGGGUGGAAGGGGAAACAAAAGGAAAAAUACAAGAACUGAUUCCUCAAGGAUCGCUGUCCUCUGAUACUGCCCUGGUACUGGUGAACGCCAUCUACUUUAAAGGCGACUGGGACGUCAAAUUUGAUAGGGCUACUACAAUAAAAGAUUCGUUUCAUUUGAAUGAGAAUGAGUCACUAGAGGUCAAUUUUAUGAGGAAAGAAGCGAAAUUCAACUUCGGUUACUCUGCUUCCCUAAAUUGUCAGAUACUAGAAAUCCCGUAUCAAAACAAAGACCUGAGUAUGCUUAUAGUGCUUCCACUAGUAAUGGAUGGGUUAAAAGACUUAGAGGCGAAGCUCGAUUCAGCAGCUUUAUCCAAACUUCAGACGGAAAUGUCAGUUGAUGAAGUUGAGAUUCGUAUACCACGGUUUAGCAUUGAGUCAUCUAUGACGUUGAUAGACAGUCUGACUUCGAUGGGGAUCGAGGAAGCUUUUAUUGCAGGAAAGGCGGAUUUAUCAAAGAUCGAUGGCACCAGAAACCUCUUUGUUUCUGAUGUUUUCCACAAGACAUUCAUUGUCGUAAACGAAGAGGGAAGUGAGGCGGCAGCUGCUGGAGCAGUAGGCAUCUCCACAAAGAUGUUACCACCCAGCUUUACCGCCGAUCACCCAUUCUUAUUUUACAUCAAAGACAACUCGACCGAUAUGAUUCUGUUUUUGGGUCGAUUAGUUCAACCUGGUUUAGUCUAGUUCGAAGACCGUCGUAUUAAAGGGACAUAAUCAUCGUCAAAUGAAUUUAAGAUAACCAUAGACGCCUUUAAUUGAACACUGGCCUUCCGACCGUAUUAAGAAUGUGCGGUGGAUAAGUCACUAUUAAAUGCAUACAACUUUUAAAUGAAAGGUUAAAACAUGUAUGUCGCUUUAUUUGAUUUUCAGAUUUACCUAAUCAGGACCUUGUCAAUAGUUUAAGUUCCCCUUUAAAAUACUUCGUAUUUAUCUAAUCAGGAUCCCCUUGAGGACAUUAAAAAUACAUUAUGCAAGACCUAAAUCUGCCUAUUGCAGGCCUUUUUGGGGCUUGAAAUGUCAUAUAAACUAUUAAUUAGACAUUUAAUAACAUGAACAAACCUUAACCAACCCUGGAUGCCGUCUUAUGUGUCAGAGUUUCACUGGACUUGAAUCCGAUUUGUUGCUCAACGCUCAUUAAUGAUUUAAUCCAAAAUGGAUAAUCGAGAGUAUGUUUUUAUCGUACCAAUGAUGAGCGAGGCUAGACCUAAAAUUCAAAAGGUAAUAUCUCAGUUUAGAGUAGAGCAAUUUGACUGAAAUUUUCAGCUCAUCCCCUUUACAUUAUCUAUUUUUUAACUAUUAUAUUGCGAAGUACAAGCUCUUUAGCUAAUCUUCCAUAAUGUCCCUUUAAUUAACCUAUUUCGUUUGUAUACAACAUUAUAA